CACGUGAUAAAAUAACUGUCACUGUUUAACACCGUGGGAAAGAAAGUGACGGACACCGUUUUAUCACGCUGUCACGAUAUAAACGGAGACGCCAUGUCUAAAAUUUUCGGUACAAAAUAGUCUGCCGUUUUUUGCGGGGGAGGGGCACAUCAAAUGUAUAGGUACUACGUCAUGUCAGAUAAAAGUCAGUCCAUACAUAUGGUUGACAUGAGGUUGACCAUUGGCCGCCUAUUUUCGACAGAGGGGUACGCCUGUUAAUGGCGGCUCCAUUGUUAAUUACUCCGAGACUCAUAUUGAUGUCCGUUAAGUCAAUAAAUCGUGUCAAAUCUAUAGAUUUCGGCUACAGCUCAUUGUAUUAUUGUAUAACGCGAAAUAUCGUGAAAAAAUGUAAGUCAGUCAGUGGCUGCAGUUGGUACAUUGAUUCAGGUCCGCGGGCAGGAGAUCGUUCAUGGUCUUCACCGUUAAAUGUGGUAACACUAACGGUGAUAAAUUUUUUUUCCGGGGAUUCCCCAACGACACUUGUAGCGUAUGAUUGUGUUUCUCUUUCCUUUUAUUUUACUUUUAACGUCGUCAGUGAACAGUGAGUACCUACCUACUCGAGCACAAUCUAACAUUGUAUUGUUUAAUUAAAUUAGAAAACUAAAAUUAUGGAUAAAAAUAAGAAACCCAGUGGUGCAUUUAAACGCAAACAACGCCAAGAAAGAGAAGAUAGUAAACAAAAAUUGCCCAAAAUUGACAAGUUUUUUAGUCAGCCUUCUGCAAGUACAUCUGGCCAAAAUAUUUCUAUUGAUAGUGACUCAAAUAAUGUGGUAACUGCAGUGUUGGUUGAGAAGCCUACUGAAGAAAAUUCGACAAUUAUUGCAGUUGGAGAUACCUCCGCCGCCGAUCAUGUGAACGUGGAUGAUGUUUGCAUGACACACAUAAGAGCGGAGGGUUUGGAGGAACCACAGACCUCUACAUUUUUCGAAAAUGUGUACGACAAAUCUUCUUAUGACUUGGGAAACUUCACGAACAAAAUAUUAAGUGAUAACGAAAAACGUCAAAUUAUUGAUAUGGGGCCUUUACAGCCUUCAGGACCUUUUCCAACAGACAUCAACCAGAACAAUAGGUGUUUUUCAAAAUCGUACUACGUUUCAUGUUCUAAAUAUGGGCCAGUUAAUCGUUUUUGGUUGUGUUAUUCCAAAAUACUAGACGCUGCCUAUUGUCAACCCUGCUGGUUAUUUGCUUCACAAAGGAAUAAUGUUUGGUGUACGGGAAUUCGAGAUUGGAAGCAUUUAUCAGAAAGAAUUAAACAACACAGUUGUUCGAGUGGCCAUUCAGAAGCAUGUGCUGUGUAUGAAUUUUGGAAAAAAAAUGAUACUAAUACUAUCGACAAGGAACUUGAAAAUGAAAUUCGCAAAGAAGCAUCAUUUUGGAGAAUGGUUCUUCAAAGGUUAUUCGAUAUCAUACUUACCCUAGCAAAGGGUUCUUUGGCUUUGAGAGGACAUCAAGAAGACUUAAGUCAGGAAGGAUACCACGGAAAUUUUCUAUCCGUUGUAGAGCUUGUCGCCCGAUAUGAUCACAUUUUGCGGCAAGUAUUGGAUAUGCCCAAAGGUAAUAAUAAUUAUUUCUAAGUUUUUUUAUCGUUUUAUUUUGUUUAUAAUAAUUAACUGUUUAUCAGGACUUUUUUGAAAUUGUGUUUUUUUAUGUUUUUAGGAUCUACAAGAUAUCUGAGUGCAACAAUUCAAAAUGAAAUGAUUGAGACCUUGGGGACCAAACUCGAAACCCAUCUACUAGAACAAAUUAGAGCGUCACCGUUUUUUGCCAUCAUAAUGGAUACGACACAGGACGUAUCGAAGGUAGAUCAGCUAAGCAUUGUUGUGAGGUAUGCAGUAAUAACCAGAUCGGAAAAUGGACAGCCAAUUGAUAUAGAAGUAAAAGAAGUGUUUCUAGGCUUUUAUGCAGCCAUCAAACAUGGCGCAGUAGAUUUAGUCAACCAAGUGA